AUGACAAUGCCCCAUCUAGAAUGGACCACCCCAGCCGAGAAGUCGUGGCUCGAGACUCGUGUCCGCGCAGAGUACACAUACCAAACCGACGCGACGCGCUACAAUUGGUCUCGAGGGAUUGCCCGAGACUUUAUGGAUGAAUUUCCAAGGGAGAAGCGAGAGCUUAAGGGGAGGCUGGAGAGCGACGAAGAACUUGAAGAGCGCUGGCGCAAGGUAGAGACUAGGGUCCGUACAUGGAUCCGAAAUCACCAUAAUAGAGUCUUGCAUGGACCUACAUCCCCAUCCAUUUUGUCUCCGAGCCGCCGUACUCGCACUCGUACUCGGGCCAAGAGCCCGCGCGACUUCAUUCUCAAAGGCGACCAGCUCACCGUCCACAAGCAUUCCGAGUUGAAUAAGCUGCAUCGCGAAGGCAAAAUCACGAAAGCCCAAAAGAUGGCUCAAUUCGGUCGGUUUGUGUCGGGGCGGCUCGCCCUUCCUGAAGUCAAAGCGCUGUGCAAAGCGAUGGCGGACGAGUUCAACCAAAGUCGUCAUCAAAUCACUGCCUCCGUCGAGUCGACAGAUUCUCUUCAUAUCGCUCAGCCGCCCGCUCCUCAUCCUGAGGCAGUCGCAGGUCCUUCCUUUACACAUCACUUUGAAUCGCUCACAGUCGACCGGACCGUCGCCUCUGAGUCUUUUAACUACUCUCAUGAAUUCCUCAUGCUGUUGAACGACGAUCAUAUUCAUUAUGCGGAGGAUCUCUUCCCUGUGGAGGAGCAGGCGCAAGCGGCAGACAAUGUUGUGCUGGAUCAUACUUAUACGUACACCUUUCCGACGGACAUGCUACCCACACUAUUAAACACAUCACCUACUAUUCCUCAACCAAACUCCCCGUCUGCGCUGCUGGACGACUCGCACCCUAAUGCCGAGAACUCCUUGGGCUGGUAG